UUUUGUUUUUUCUUUUCUUCACUCUUCGUUUUCUUAAAAACUCUCUCCUUCCCUCUAUCUCUCACUCUGCUCACUCUCCGCCCGUACACUCUGCCGAGAAAACCCCAUAAAAUCCUUGACAAAAAAAGAAUAAAAGUGAAGUUGCAGCGCAUUUAGAUAUAUAUUUUCAAGUUUCUCAAGAAAAAAACCCCGGAAAUUUAAUUAAAAAGUGGAAAAGGAAACCCAAAAAGAAAUCUUCAAAACAAGAAAAGGAAAAAAAAUUUCGCCAGAUCUUUUUUUGUUGUUUACACUGGGCUUUGUCUUCACCACCUAGAUCCUUUUCCCUCCAUAAGCCCUUUCGACUUAGGUUUUAAAGGGCAUAUGCAUUUGUUCAAGCAACGGACUAUUUGUUGGUGGUUUUGGAGUCUUGGGUCUGCUUCAAAACGGAGUUUAAGGAUUGACUUUUAAAGAUCAGAUUUUUUUCUUAACAUUUACUUUUUAAGGAGGAUUUUUGGCGGAAGGGGUUUCUGAUGGGGAGCCCCGAUGAGCCCAACACAAAGGGCAUUGAUGCCUCGGUGGGUGGGUUGGUUUGGGUCCGACGUCGAAACGGUUCCUGGUGGCCGGGUCGGAUUAUGGGCCUCGACGAGCUCUCUGAGAGUUGUUUGGUUUCUCCGAGAUCCGGUACUCCUGUUAAGCUUCUUGGUCGUGAAGAUGCAAGCGUGGACUGGUAUAAUCUUGAAAAGUCUAAGAGGGUGAAGGCCUUUCGCUGUGGAGAAUAUGAUGAAUGUAUUGAGAAAGCAAAGGCUUCGGCAGCAAAUUCUAGCAAGAAAGCAGUGAAAUAUGCUCGAAGAGAAGAUGCUAUUCUCCAUGCUCUUGAGAUUGAGAGUGCACGCUUAGGCAAGGAUCAUCCAGAUUAUUUCUCUAGAAAAGAUAAUUCUGGUGGUGACCAGGGUAGUUUGGUCAAAGAAUCACCUACCAUGUCACAUUCUGGGAAAGAAAAUGAGGAUAUGACUGAUGAAAUGAGUGAUACGGAGGACGACUCAGAUUCAGCUCCAGAAUUAUCACAGUCUGGCAUAUCCUUUGAAGAGCCAAAUCAUAUUAAUGGUACCAAGGGGCAUUGUGUGCUGGUAAAGAGAAGGAAAACCCCAAAUGACUCAGAGGAUGAUGGAACAGAAGGAAUCAAGCGCAUGAGAGGCCUUGAGGAUCUAGGCAUGGGUGUAGGAUCAAAAAGGAAAGCCCAGGCUGCAGGGGUGCUCGAGUUAGUUCAACAAGAUCAUGCUUCAUUCUAUGACCCAAACAUGGGCAAUUGCGUGUCUAAUGGAAGUCCUGUAAAUGGUAGCAGAAAUCAUUCAUCAUCAUUGAAAAGAAAGAGGUCUCAAGUGGCAAACGUUCAUGAAUUCUUGAAAAGGAAAAAUCGUCGGCGACCACUAACCAAGGUUUUGGAGAGUACAGCUAUGGUGUCAGUUCCAGUUGUUUGUGAUGAAAUUCCAAGCUCAAGUGGCUCACCCCUUAGGGGACUCUCUGACAGCAAAGUUUCAGGAAUGGAUUCUAAUGAGUCACGGAGAAGUGUUUCUGCUGUAAUUAACAACAACAACAACAACAAUAACAACUCCGAUAGUACAGGAGUUUCAUGUGAGAAUGGUGUCUCUUUAAAUGCUUCUGAACAUGCUGCUGAUGCAACCCAAACUAAUAAUAAGACGAAAUACAAUGAAAUUUCGAGCAUAUUAGAGUUAGCUGAGAAUGGUUCUUCUGACAAGCUAUUUGAUGUGCCAUUUGUUGGAGAAGAUAAACCAUCUGCAGAUUUUUCUCCAAUAUUUGUAUCUUGUUCAUCUGAGACGCCUGAAGUUGGUGAUUUGGGAAGGCAAGCUGAAACUGAGGGACAUAAUGAAUCUGGUUGUACCAGAUCAGUGGCUGCUCAUACUAAUAGUAUUAGCCAGAGGAUAGAGAAAGGUACUGCUGAAUGGCAGUUAAAAGGAAAGAGGAAAUCAAGACAAAUAAGUAAAAAUCGAAAGCAUGACUCAAGAAAAUAUGCCGACAUGGAUGAUGUACCAAAUGCUUGUUUGGCAGGUAUAGAGCACUUGGAUGGAUUUUCUCAGGGUUCUGAUCAGAAAGUUGAUUGCAAUGGUGUUGGGUCAGUUGCUUCAUACAAUUGCACCUUGCAAUCCAAGUCCAAGUCUGUUGUUGAAGAGCAGCUUAAUGGGUUCCAGGACUGGAAGUCUAUGUCUCGGGAGCCUCGUGCGAGAGGCCCAAUAGUGGAGGCAAAAAUACUGCCCGAUGGUUCUGUGACCCCUCAAAGGUCACUUCCAUACCGUCAGUCUCGCUAUACUGUUCAUUCCAGGUAUCAGAUGACAGAUUUUCCAGGAAAACCUUUUUCCGCUGAUUCAUCAUUUUAUGAUGUGAAGAUUGAGGUGAAAGCUAACUAUCGGCCACAGCAUGUUCCAUUAGUUUUCAUGAGUAAACUGAAUGGAAAAGCCAUAAUUGGUCACCCUUUAACUGUUGAGGUUUUGAGUGAUGAUUACUAUGGCAGUUUGACUCGAGAAGCUGCAAUGGAGUGCACUGAAAUUGGUCCUGUAGUGAAGCGAAAGUCAGAAGGUGGGCGAGUUCCUACAAAGCAUAUGAAACUGCACGCACGUUUUCUCCACGAAAUCAGUGAAAGCAAAGAAAUCUGGACUAUUGUCUAAAAAGAUUCGGAAAUUGUCUUCAUUGACUGGUCAAAAACUCGGUUUAGCUGACAGGAAACUGGUGGUGGAGAAGCCUAAGGGUCCUGUAAUAGCUUGUGUUCCUCUGAAGUUAGUAUUCAGUAGGAUAAACGAAGCAUUGA